GCCCCCACAGUACCCCCAAAAAAAUCUAAUCCCAAAACGUGCGAACGGUCCGAAGAAGACCAAAGAGGUUUUGAACCGUCAAAAAAAUGCACUCCCCCAUGCAGCAUAAGCCAACCAAAAGAGUCCGACACCGCGGAGCUUCCACGAACCACCCCCCACCGCCUCCGCCAACGCCACCGCAGCCUCCCCGUAUCACACCUGAGCAAGAGGCCGCCGUCAUGGUCGCUGCCCUCAAGAGUGUCAUUGCAGGCGUGCAUGACUUGAGGCUGCUGCCACCCGGCCAGGACAGCGCCUCCACCAGCGGCGCCGCCGACCAGAUGGGCACGUUCUUGCCCAUUCCCGGAUACCCCGACACGUGUCAGUUCUGCAAGAUUAAGGGUUGUUUGGGCUGCAACUUUUUCCAGCCAAGUCAAGAGGAGGAGAAGGGAGUCGACGCCUGUGAUCAGAAAAAGAAAAGAACGUACAGAGGGGUGAGGAGGCGGCCAUGGGGGAAGUGGGCGGCGGAGAUUCGCGACCCCCGGCGUUCGGCGAGGGUGUGGCUGGGGACGUUCGGGACGGCGGAGGAGGCUGCUAGGGCUUACGACAAGGCCGCCGUUGAAUUCCGCGGGCCUAGAGCCAAGCUCAAUUUUUCGUUCCCUGACGGCACGUCUCCGUCGUCCAGCCAGAGCCUAAGCUCGCCGGAAUGGCCGCAACAGCAGGAAAAUAAGAUGAAGGACGAAGCCGUGACAGAGAUAGAGACGGAAACGAGCAAGGAAAGGAAGGAAGCGUUGGAGGUGAAUGGAGAGGUAGAGAUUGAAGAGUGGAUGAUGAUGAUGACUAUGGAUUUGAACGGUGAUUCUAGUAGUAAGGAGCAAUAAUUUUCAGGAGCAAGAGAUGGAAGAUGACUUCUUUGACCAAUUCAAUCCUUAAAUCACAUCACAAUAGACUCUGUCCAGUCAACUGGUGAGAAUCCGAUGGUCAAGAAGGAACGUUAGACAGGUUUUAUUUUAUAAAAUACAAAUGGUUAUUUAAUUAAGGUGGUACGGCAUGCUCUUUGAAUUUUUGUCGCUUUUGAAAAUCACACGCUUAAAAUCCGCCAAACCACCUUUUA